AUCAAUUACAAAUUUCUCUGCAAAUUUCUCUUUUAAAAAAAAAAUUAUAUAAAUAGGACCACUUCUGUUAUCACUCAACUUCCCUGCUCCACCACCUAGCUAGAACCAGAAACCAUGGCCACCACAGCUGCCGCAGCAGCCGCGUCACAUUUCUUUGGGACUCGCAUUCAGAGCCCAAAAUCCAACUCAGGAGGAAUCCAAGCCAGGUUUAGUUUUGGAACCAAGAAAUCACCCCCUCCACCAAAGAAAGCUCCAUCAAAACCAGCUGGAGAUCGACUCGUAUGGUUCCCUGGUGCCAAACCACCAGAAUGGCUGGACGGAACCAUGAUCGGAGACCGUGGAUUCGACCCAUUUGGGUUGGGUAAACCUGCAGAGUACCUGCAAUUUGACCUUGAUUCUUUGGACCAGAACUUGGCGAAAAACGUGGCUGGUGACAUUAUCGGAGUCAGAGUGGAGCAGAAUGAUGUGAAAUCGACGCCGUUUCAGCCGUACACGGAGGUUUUCGGUUUGCAGAGGUUUAGGGAAUGCGAGCUUAUUCACGGCAGAUGGGCAAUGUUAGGUACUCUCGGAGCCAUUGCCGUUGAAGCUCUCACCGGUGUUGCAUGGCAAGACGCGGGAAAGGUGGAGCUAGUAGAAGGUUCAUCCUACCUGGGGCAACCACUUCCAUUCAACUUGACCACACUGAUUUGGAUAGAGGUACUAGUCAUUGGGUACAUAGAAUUUCAAAGAAAUGCAGAGCUUGACCCAGAGAAAAGAAUCUACCCAGGUGGCUACUUUGAUCCUCUAGGGUUAGCUUCUGAUCCAGAGAAAAAAGACAACCUUAAACUAGCAGAGAUCAAGCAUGGUAGGCUUGCCAUGAUUGCCUUCCUCAUCUUUGGUAUCCAAGCUGCUGUUACUGGCAAAGGUCCCAUUGCCUUUGUGGCAACCUUUGCCAAGUGAUGAUAAUUUUAUUUAUUAAUGUUAAUAAUCUCCUACUUUAAUUUGAUAAUUUGUUUGUAUCUAAUAUUUAUGAAUCUAUUUCUCAUGGGCUUAUGUAACAUUUACCCUUUUGUUUA